AUGUCAGCUCUGGGAGCUGCGACACACUGCUCCGCCGAAAGGCGUAGAGGUGACGACAAGCCUUCGACACCGGGAGUCGAUACGACAAGUUGUGUGGACGGUUGCAAACGUCCAGCACUAAAACUUACGUGCUGUCGUGCAGCCGGGCUGCACGAAGCAGGGCGCGAUCAAGCCGGGCAUGAUGACGCGUGCCCGCGGGUACAAGAACCCGCCGGCGGUAUCAAGGAACGUUCGUCCAUGACCGGGCCUGGACGAAACGCAAGUGAAUCAGGGAUUCACAAGAAGAAGCGACGGCGCAAGCGCAAGACGCUGCGCAAGUCUCGGUCGGGGACCGAGACUCUUCAUGGUGUGUCUGCCGGGCAGACACAAGCGGCAACAAUGGCCGUCGAGACGUUGAACGUGGGGGGCCUGUACUGGUACGAGAAGGUGGAGUUGGAGAACCCUCCGACUAAUACGUCGGAGUUGACCUCGCUUCCAGUCAUGAACUGGAAGCGCUUCGCUAAGAAC